UCUUCACUCUUUGCUCCCCAAAAAAGCGCGCUUCUCUCUCGAGGGGGACGUCCCAUUGUUGAUACAUCAAAGAUGGACUCUUUCGGGCUUGGCUUUGUGCUGCCUUCGAACGGCACCAUGGUCUCGUCGUCGUCCUCGUCCCAGCAGCAGCAACAGCAUCAGCAGCAGCAGCAGCAGCAACAGCAGCAGCAGGACGACUUCCACAACCACCACCACUCUGCCAGCCGGCCGAUGGAUCAAGAUCGCCAUCGCUCCAACGCCAACAACGGCGAGGACGACGAUGGCAGUGCGAUGGACGACGGCGACGACGACGACGACGACGAUGAUGAUGCUGGCGAAGACGACGACGACACGCAGCGAGCGCAAGCAGACCAGCACGGCGCCACCCCAAUGCAGGACGAUCCGCAGCAGCAGCAACAACAGCAGCAGCAGCAGCAGCAACAACAACAGCAGCAGCAGCAGCAGCAACGAAGCUCAGACGAGGCGGCCGCGGAAUGGCAGCCCGCGCUGCUGCUCUUUGGCAACCUCGACCAAGCUGGCAUGCUUGAAUGGGACGACGAUCAGGAGCUUGCACGAGAACUCGAACAAGUAUCAACACAUUUGCUCGAGGAACUCGGCGCCGGAUUUAUCUUGCAAGCAUUGAAAACAGGUCCCGAAUCUCGCGCCGAGCGUGCAGAGCGGAUUGACACGGAACGAGCGCUGGCUGCCGUGGGCCAUUCACGCAAGCAUCACCGCGGUGCAAAGCGCCCGCGAGUAGUCUACACGCCAGACAUGCUGCCAACGCUCUUCCCGAGCUUUUCCAAGUCGGACGUGCCGCACUUUUCCGACUUGUUCGCGCCGCAAAAGUUCAAAAUCCGACCGUCGCGCGCCUUUGUCCGCUCGGCCGAACAGGAAGCAGAGCUUGGCGACGGCAGCGAUGACGAUGACGACGACUUGUCCAGCGCCUUGCGCUCGACCGAGGAGGUUGCUGCCUUGUCUGCUGCUGCGGGUGCUGACGGACAGGUGCCCGCUCCUCUCGACAGCACGAUGACAGAGCAACUGCCACCACGCAAGCGUCCUCUCUUGGAGGAAGACUGGGACGAUGAAGCUCGGCUCUUCAAUAGCCCCGUCAUUCUUCCCACCAUGAUUCGGCAUGGUCGGAAUGCUCGCGACACGGUGAUGGCCCAAGCCAUCGAUGCUGAAGACAUUGGUCAUCCUCUCGUUGCCAUCAACCCGCAAGCUCAACCGCCAAAGCAGCAGCAAUCACAGCAACAACCACCUCAGCCACUGCCACAGCUGGUACCGGAACAACUGGACUCUGACCAAUCAGACGCCGCCAAACAAACCCCUGCCAUGGUGGAGGCCGCCCUGCAGUCUCUCAAAGAGCCAGACCAGCGAGCCUACAACCUUUCCUCGCAAAUUGUGUGGGAAGAGCACGUCAUUACGGACACGGAUCGGUACAGCGAUGCCAAAGUCGUGUUUGAACCGACCGACCCUGCAAUGCCGCUCUAUCGCUCCAAGCCUUCCGGCGGCUAUGUCGAUUUGACGCCCGUCUCCAACUUGCGGCAGUUCCACUCGGCGUCGGUGACCGGAUUUCUCAACCCGUACGAGCCUCUGCCAAAGUACUCCAUUCUGCGCACACUCCAUCAGCAUGCCAAGGAUGUGGCCGCCAAAUUGGACGCCAAGCGCCAGGCUGACGAGCAUUUGCUGACAGGAAAAGGUCUUGCGCCCAUUGUGCAGGACGUGACGGGCGAAACCGCGCAGGCUCGCGCUUUUCUCGCCGCCGCACUCGCCGCCACUCCGACAACCCAGAAAGGUCGUGCAGCAUCCCAGCGAAGGGCACACGCCGUUGCUCAUCUCGAGCGCUUCAACGCUGCCGACACCCAGCAGUCCGCGGGAGGAGCCGACACCAUCGACAUCAAGGAGCCGACCGUCUACUCCAUGUUUCCACUCAGCAACAUGGAGCUGGCUGCACCAGAGUGGGAGGACGAGAUCAUUUACGACGAGACGGACGCGCCCAAGCGGCUGCCAAACACGUCGUUCAUUUGGGACAAGUCGGAUGGCAACCUGCUCUACGGCUCAACGGCACCCAAAACGCUCAAAUUCGUCAAGUCUGCCGAGGAGAUUGCCGCCGAAACGCGCCGGAGGACCAAGAAAAUGUCUUGGAGGGCUCGGCAGCGCGAAAAGGAGCGCAUCCAGCGUGAAAAGGCCGCAGCCAUGGACGCCAAGCAGAUUGCCGCCAUGCAGGGCUCGGAUCGAUUCAAUCUCUCGGGCGACCAGUGGUAUCGUGCUUCGAGCGGUCUAACAGCAGAUCUCUUCCGCUCGUCCACAUUCACGACGCCGCUGCGGCACUCGCUGCCCGCCCUCAAGCUUCUCGAAAUCUUCUUCCACACCUCCUUCACCCAGGCGUCUCUGCGCUGUGCUCAUCGACCAGUGCUCAAGACCCUGCCGCCAGUGGACGGAAACGAAGGGGGUCGGUCUUGCACGCUCGCUUCCCUCGGUCGCUUCAUCAAAAAGAAGGAGCACGAGCGCUUGCAAGAGCGCCAAAAGUCGGGUGGUGAUGUGUUUUUCAUGAAAACCCAGCGUGACCUGUCCGGCCGCGACGGCGACAUUGUUCUACUCGAGUACUGCGAAGAGUUUCCGCCGUUGGUGUCGAACGUCGGCAUGGUAUCGCGCUUGUACAACUUGUACCGUCGCACCGAGCCUCAAGACGACAAUGCCCCCGAGCUGCCGUUCGGCAUGACGCGCUUCCAAGGAGCGGCAGACUCGUCGCCCUUCCUGGGUCAACUCAAGCCGGGCUCGGCGUUGCAGUACGUGGACAACACCCUCUACCUGGCACCUGCCUAUCCGCACGAGAUUGCCCCGACGGAUUUCCUCGUCAUUCGCGUCAAGGACCACCAUUACAUUCGUCCGAUUGACGGCCUCUUUGUGCUCGGCCAAACACUCCCCAAAAUCGAAGUCCCCGCGCCCAAUUCCAAGAAGGCGAGUGACUUUAUGCGCAACCGCGUGCAAGCCUUCAUCUACCGCCAGCUCAAGCAGUCCAAGCUGAGCAUCAAGAAGAACGACAAGUCUCGCCGGCCAUUCGUCAAGCUCGGCGAUUUGAUUGCGGCAUUCCCGAGCAUUCCCGUGGCGAUGCUGCGCAAGCGUCUCAAGAUUCUGUGCGAGUGCGUGCGCAGUGGGCUGGGCGACCAAAGCGAGGAGUGGGAGCUCCGCACCAACCAGCGCAUCCCGCCCGAGGAGGAGCUGCGCCAGCUGGUCACACCCGAACAAGCCUGCGCGCACGAAAGCAUGCUGGCCAGUCAACAGAUGCUGCGCGAUUCCGGUUUUGGCGCUGACGAUUUAAUCCUCGAGCCACCGUCCCUGACCCCGGACGGCGAUGAAGAGGACCAGGACCAGCGAAUCCAGACCGAGCUCAAGCUUGCGCCGUGGAACACAACGCACACCUUCUUGGACGCGCAGCAGGGCAAGUGCCAUCUCAAGCUCACUGGGCCCGGCGAUCCGACUGGCGCUGGCGAGGGCUUUUCGUACAUCCGAGCCCCCAGCAAGCCCAUCGUUCACAAUCGCGAGCGUGAAGCUGCCAAGCCAAAGCAAAAGAAGGAGCCGCACAAGACGGUGGAAGGCACCGAGUCCGACUUGCGCAAAAUCCCGUUGGUCGAGGCGCGCAACAUGCUGCAGCAAAAGUUUGGCAUUUCUCUCUCGCAAACGUCCAAGAUGCCGCGUUGGGAUGUCAUUGCGCUUCUUCGCAAAAUGUCCUCGAGUCAAGGCGAAGGGGCCGCCGAUGCGACAGAUCUGUCCAAGUGGGCUCGCGGCGAGCGGCGAUCUGUGCAAGAGCACCAGCAGCUGUACAAGCAAGAGUGCCAGCGAUUGUUCGACUUGCAGAAUCGCAUUCUAGCGUCUUCGGAAGAGCUGGAAUCGGAAACCGAAUCGGUCGGAGACGGUGAUGGCGAUGAAGGCGGCGACGAUUUCGAUGAUUUGGCCGACUUUGGAAAAGAGCUGGAAAGCGCUGCGCGCUCGAGCCAUACCGAAGCCUCGGCCCUCAGGUCGAUGGAGGCACGCAGUAACGAAAUUGCAGAGUAUCUUCAGCUGCACAAACUGCUCAAGCGAUCACAGCAGGCCGCGGCUGGCGGCGAUGAGGAGCAAGACGGUCAGGCGGACAUGGAUACUGGAGCUGAUGGAGAUGCGCAGGCGGAGGAAGCAACCGACAUGCAGACCGAGUCCGCGGGUGCGGACGGAGCCGCUUCGACGUCUUCUUCUUCCUCUGCAGCGCCGCCUGCUUCUGCUGCCUCGGUUCCCAACCAACAGCCAGGUGAAAAGUACCGCGGCAAGCACCUCGUCAUCAAGCGCAAGUUUGCCAUGCCGGACGGGUCCGUGGCCGAACGCCAGGAGGUGGUGACUGAUCCGCGCGUCAUUGAAGCCUACCUGAUUGUUCGCAACCAAGAAUUGGCGGGAGUGAGCGAGGGUCGGCGCCGAAAGCUUCUCAGCCACGUUCAGCGACGACUUGCCGCUUCCCAGUCUGGCGACAACAACUCGCUGGGCGCUUCCCGCGUCCCGACAGGACGAACCAAUCGAUGCGGCAUGUGCGGCUCCUACGAGCACACCAAGUCCAACCGCGCCUGCCCCGAGCAUCCAGAGCACCUCACCUUCCAACGCAGUCGGGCCAAUGCUGCUGCUCGCAAGCGCGCUGCUCAGACGGGUGUGAACACGGAUGACAUUGCGCGGCGCUUUGCGCAGAGCGAGUUGGCGCGCGAGCGAGACCAAUCUGCGUCUCAAGUCGUUUUUGGUGAAAACGGUCUCAAGAUGAAGAUCAAGUUUGGUGCAAGCGGUGCAGCGACACCUACAGCCGCCAGCGGUCGACGCCCACCCAGUUCCGGUGGACGCCGCGGAGGUCGUGGCGGUUCGUCUGCUCGCAAGUCGCCCAAGAGCCGCCGUGUUCGCUUCCGUGGAGAUUACGACGAUGAUGAUGAGGACGAUGACGAUGACAAUGUUGGUAACAGCGACGAGGACGAGGACGAGCAGAACGACUUCCGAGACGAGGAAUACGAUGCCUUUCGGUCGGUCGCGAGCAAACGCCGCGGCGCUGUCACUGCCACUUCCCAGCUCAAUAAGGUUUUGAUGGAAGUGUGCCAAGAUCUUUGGAAUCAUCAGUCUAGCACGUACUUCCGCAGUCCGGUGGACGUACAUCAGUAUCCCGAUUACCUGCAGCAUGUCCACAAUCCGAUGGACCUGACCACCAUGCGCGCCAAGGCCAAGGGCAACAAUUAUCAGCGACCCGCGGAAUUCUUGGAAGAUUUGGCGCUGCUUGUCAUCAACUCCUCGGCCUACAACGGCCACGCUGCUGAAGUCACCACUGCGGCCUUCAAUCUCAUGCAGCAAGGAGUGAAGCAAUUGCGGAGCCGCUCGCAGGGCUUGAUGGAAGCCACCGCUGCACUCGGUAUUGAUACGGGCGAGUUCCUCAAAGCGGCAAUUCAACGGACUCAGGCCGUGUACAAUGAGCAUUGCACCGCGUCUGGUUAGAACUUGGCUCGAUGGUGCUUUCUAUUGUUUGAGUUGAUGAUGCCGAAACAAACAAAGAUCUGGCUUGCUCUUUUUGUUUGAGAGUUGUUUUGGAGAUUCUGGAAGAGGUGGGAUGUGCCCCAGUUUUUGUUCAAUGUACUAUAAUUAUGCUUUUAUCGAG